AUGUCUGAUAAUUUCAGCAGUCAAGAAUUAAUCAAACUUGAACAUAUUUAUGGAGCCCACAAUUACCAUCCGAUUCCCGUGGUCUUUUCCAAGGGUCAAGGUGCUUUUGUGUGGGAUCGAGAAAAUAGAAAGUAUUUAGAUUUCUUGUGUGCCUAUUCUGCUGUGAACCAAGGUCAUUGCCAUCCAAGAAUUGUACAAGCCCUUUGUGACCAAGCACAAAAGCUUUGCUUGUGCUCUAGGGCAUUUUAUAACGACAUUUUCGGACAAUAUGCACAAUACAUCACUGAGUAUUUUAAAUACUCAAUGGUCCUUCCGAUGAAUACGGGUGCUGAAGCCGUGGAGACGGGGAUCAAACUCGCUCGUAAAUGGGGUUACCUUAAGAAGGGUAUACCAGAGAAUCAAGCAAUUGUAUUAUCAUGUGAAGGGAACUUUCAUGGCCGUACCACAACGGUCAUAUCUAUGUCGACCGAUCCGGACUGUCGUACAGGUUUUGGUCCAUAUAUGCCACUAGUUGGACCUGUUUGUCCAAAGACUGGCCGGAAAAUAAGAUACAAUUCCGUUGAGGAUUUAGAGGCUGUAUUAAAGGAGAAUGCCCAUAAUGUAGCGGGCUUUUUGGUAGAACCUAUUCAAGGGGAAGCUGGCGUAAAUGUACCCGACGACGGAUACCUGAAAAAAUGUUCUGAUCUCUGCAAAAAGUACAAUGUACUUUUGAUCGCGGAUGAAAUUCAAACAGGCCUCGCUCGUACUGGUAAGAUGCUUUGUCAGGAACACGAUGGUGUUAGGGCGGACAUCGUCCUACUAGGCAAGGCACUUUCUGGCGGUGUGUAUCCUGUGUCAGCCGUCUUGGCUGAUAAAGAAAUUAUGCUUUGCAUCCAGCCUGGUGAGCACGGUUCGACCUACGGUGGUAAUCCAUUGGGUAGUGCAGUUGCAAUUGCCGCGCUGGAGGUAAUUAAAGAAGAAAAUUUGGUAGAAAGAGCCGCCUCGCUAGGUGAAAUGUUUCGUGAGGCCCUUCGCAGAAUUGAGUCCCCCCUUAUUAAAUGUGUUAGAGGGAGAGGGUUGUUGAAUGCGUUAAUAAUUGAUGAAAGCAAAAGUGAUAAAAAUGCAUGGCAUUUAUGCCUACUGCUCAAAUCACGUGGAUUGUUGGCGAAACCCACUCAUGGGAAUAUUAUUCGCCUUGCACCAGCACUAAACAUCAGUGAAGAAGACCUGAUGGUCGGAGUUAGAAUUAUUGAACAUGCAUUGAAAGAUAUCGUUAAUAUAAACGUAAACGAUAUCCCAGGAUAUUUAGAAGACAAAAAAUUAUAUGAAAAUAGCUCAUAA